ACCUUUGAUCAUAUUGGAAGCAGAGUAAACUGUAAAAGUGUUUUCUCCGGCGGAACUCGUAUGCAAGUGAGCUUUUUCCCGCCUUGGCAAGGUUUUGUAGUGCUCUAGUAAUGGAUACCAGAAAGAUUCCAGUGUUGUGUUAUUGGAAUGGGUUUAUAAAAGAUGGUCAUGAUGGUCCAUUCUCUGAAGGAUCCAGUUCCGAGAGUUAUUAGAGUUGAAAGCAACACUGAUUUCCCCAAAUUGUUAAAUCAUCUGCAUCGUGUUACCGGAUUUGAAAAGGGGAAGUUUCAGAUUGGAUUGAUUUGCAGGUAUCCUUCUAUCGUUCAGCAAUCUAUGGUGAAGUUUGUGCGUAUGCCUAUUGUUGAUGAUUGUAGUUUAGAGACUAUGCUUGAGGUUCCAAGUUAUCAUCCUUCUAUUAGCAACGUGGAGUUGUAUUUAGAGGCCAAACAGGUUCUUAAUGAAGGUAUCAGCGCUAUUUCUAGUUCCUUGGCUAAUCAGGCUACACGGAAUCGUUCUCGGCAAGAGGAUGGUAGUAUCGAUACAGAUGUAAAUGUGAGUGUGAAAUAUAUAACACUCUAAGAACACCUCAGGAGGAUAACUAUAACAGGUGGGUGGAAGAAGAGGAAUGUACGGAUUGCGGUAAGUGUAACUGUGGCGAUGGUGGUAAUAGUGGGACUGCACAGAAGGAUUCAAAUACGAAAAUUCCAGGUUUAACAAAAAGCCUUGUAGAUAAUGUCUCAGAGCAGAUGAUUUUCUCUAGUUCAUGGCUUGAUGAACGUGAGUUGCAUCUUGGGAUGGUUUUCCGAGAUAAAAACGAGUUGGGUAAAGCAGUGAAGUUGUACUCUAAUCGAAGACAGCGGAUUUACACUAAGUACGAGUUUUCAGGUAUUUAUGAUUAUAAGUGCAUGAAUAACUGUGUAUGGAUUCUAAGUGCAGCAAUAGCUUUAAGAUAACAAAAUAUAUAGGUCCACACAGUUGUAAGCCAGCAAAUGUGAGCUCAGAUUUUCUAGCAGGUGAGCUCAAAGGUCUAAUGAUGGCUCAGCCCUCACUCUCAAUUGCAGAGCUAAACUUGUGGGUGAAAGAAGAAUUUGGCUACACAGUCUCACGUACCAAUAUGUGGGAUGCUAAAAAGAAAGUAAUCACUGCAAUCUUGGGAGAUUCAGACAAGAGUUUUAACGUAUUGCUUAAGCUCAUCUAACAAGAUGGUCUUGGAAUGGCAAUAUGAUUUUUUUUUUUAAUCCCAACGAUGCAUUCUUUUCGCUCUGUGUUUUGGGCGUUUCGGCAGUCAAUUGAAGGUUUUGCACACCUCAGACCUUUGAUCAUAGUGGAUACAAUAGACUUGAAUGGUAAAUACCCUGCAAAAAUGUUGGUUGCAGGGGCCUUUGAUGCUGAAAACAGGCUGUUUCCACUUGCAUUUGCAACUACUACCCUAGAGAGUUUAUCAGCUGAUACCUGGCGUUGGCUCUUUGCUUGCAUCAGAAAUAAAAUAACGCAACAGGAAGGCCUUUGUCUAAUAACAAGUCUGAAUCCUGAAAUAGUUGCAGUUGUUAACGAACCUGUGUGUCAGUGGGCGCAACAUCGGUUCUGUCUUAGGCAUAUGUGCUUCAAAUUUUAUGAUGUUUUCCAUAACAAGCUCAUGACAGAUCUGCGAGGGACAUAUCAAGUUUUGAUUACUACUUGAAGAAAAUCUAAAAGAUGGACCCAGAUGUUAGGAAAUGGUUAGAAAGAAUGCCUCCACGUCUAUGGGCUCUGGCUUAUGAUGAUGGCGGGAUUAGAUACGGGAUCAUGACUGCAAACACAAUCUUUAUGACUUAUGGUUUCAUAAACAAAGCUCUUGAUUUUCCAAUCUCAACCUGCAUCUUGCUAAACUUUGAUGACCUGGCAGAGCUUUUAAAAUCUCGACAUGGUCUUUCAGCGGAAUCACUGAACAGAAGAGACCUAUACGCUAAACAUGUCAUGAAAAAUCUUGAAGAGUACAAGGUAGCUUCUCAAACACAUGAUGUACUGCCAUUAUACCAGACCGGAGAGAGUUUUCAGGUGACGGAAGUGAUGCAAGUUGAAAAGAAGGGAUUUGUUGUUCAUUUUAUAAACCGGGUUUGCACGUGUGGGAUAUGGCAACUUUGCAAGUAUCCAUGUUCUCAUGUGUUAGCAGCAUGCAGGAGGAUGAACAGUGACCUUUUGCAGUAUGGAAAUGAUUGUUACAAUACAGAGAUUUCUCUUCGAGUUUAUGCAGCUGAUUUUAAUCCGCUUCCGGGAGUCUCUAAUUGGCCAGAAGCUUCUGAAGUUCCAAGACUGCUUCCUCCUGGACUCGUCCGCCAUCAGUUUUCUGGCCAGUGACAACAGAGCCAUCACACAACGACACAGCUACAAGCAAGUCGGUAAUAGGCAAAAAAACGAUCCAAUGGUAAGAAGAAAGAGGCCUGUGGAUCAGACUGAAUUUGAACCAACCGAACUAAACAAUAAAAGAGGGUUAUGUUCUCUAUCUGAUUUUACCUUGACUUUAGUUUGGUCUGCUUUGAGUUUAGGGGACACUAUCGGAUUUAUGAGAAGCGGCUUCGAACCAUAUAGAAACGAUUUUACUAUGGAAAAUAUGCAACCAGUUUAAUGUAGGAUUUGGGAGGGUGUAUAAAACUGGUUUGGUUCAGACUCAGAGUUGUUCAUUUACUUUUGUAUUGCUUAUGUGAGAUAUACUCAAAAUAGUCUUUCUCAUAGGAUUGUGUGGCCUAGACUCCAAAUUUAAUAGAGAAGCAGUCUUAAACAUCA